GUCCUUUGAAGAGGUGGCUGUGCGUUUCACCCAGGGGGAGUGGAGCCUGCUGCGCCCGGCCCAGAGAGCCCUGUACAAGGAAGUCAUGCUGGAGAACUUUGGGAUCGUGGCCUCUCUGGGGCCCCCGAUUGCCAAACCUGACCUCAUAUCCUGGCUGGAGGAAGAGGAAGGGCUGUUUCUCCCAUUCUCUGGUGAAGAGGAGGGAUUUACAGGAGGUGACUGGGAAUCAGCAAAGAAAACAAAAGAACCUGCAGUAACCGAAAAAGAAGAUACCAAUCUGCCACGGAAAGAGAACACAGAAUAUCAUAAUGCACCAAGGAAGAAAGAGGGAAAACACCCACCAAGGAAUAGUUCCAGUCCUUUACAAGGUGAUACCUCUCACGAAGUUACAGAACUACAAAAAAUAUUCAAAGGAGGCAAGUGGACUGAGAGUAUGGCAAGUGAGGAAAAUUUUCCUGAACUAUCUGAUGUUGAUAUUCAUUGGAAUAUGGCUGCCAGGACAAAAGCAUUUAAAGGGCUGGAGUGUGGAAAAGCCAUUGAUCAGACAGACAAGCUUAAUUCCCAUCAAAGAAUUCAUACAAUGGACAAGCGAUACAAAUGCCUGGAGUGUGGAAAGAGCUUCAGUCACAGUGGAAACCUUAAUUCCCAUCAAAGAAUUCAUAAAGGGGAGAAACCAUAUGACUGCCUGGAGUGUGGGAAAAGUUUCAGUCAGAGGGGAAACCUAACUCGCCAUCAAAGAAUUCACACAGGUGAGAAACCUUAUACAUGCCUGGAGUGUGGACAGAGCUUCAGUGAAAGUGGAACCCUUGCUGUUCAUGGAAGAAUUCACACAGGGGAGAAACCAUACAAAUGCCUGGAGUGUGGAAAAAGAUUCAAUCACAGUGGAAAACUCACUAUUCAUCAAAGAAUUCACACAGGGGAGAAGCCAUAUAAAUGCCUGGAGUGUAGAAAGAGCUUCAAUUACAGUGGAUCCCUUGCCGUCCAUCAAAGAAUUCACACAGGGGAGAAACCCUACAAAUGCUUGGAGUGUGGGAAAAGUUUCAUUAACUGUACACAACUUCUUAGUCAUCAAAAAACUCACACAGAGGAGAAACCAUAUAAAUGCCUGGAGUGUGGGAAAAGGUUCAAUCGGAGUGGUCACCUUACUCGCCAUCAAAGAAUUCACACCGGGGAGAAACCCUACAAAUGCCUUGGGUGUGGGAAAAGCUUCAGUGAGCGUGAACACCUUAUUCGCCAUCAAAGAAUUCACACAGGAGAAGAGCCAUAUAAAUGCCUGGAGUGUGGGAAAACCUUCAGUCAGAGCGGACACCUUCAUUCUCAUCAAAGAAUUCAUAAAGGUGAGAAACUAUAUAAAUGCCAGAAAUGUGGGAAAAGCUUCAUUCAGAGGGGACAACUUAAUUCUCAUCAAAGAAUUCACAGAGGGGAGAAACUAUACAAAUGCCAGUAGUGUGGAAAAAGGUUCACUGAGAGUAGAAAACUUACUCUUCAUCAACAAAUCCACACAGGAGAGAAACAGCACUAAUUCCUGGAGUGUGGGAAAAGAUUCAGUCAGAGCAGAAACCUUACUUCUCAUCAAAGCAUUCACACGGGAUAAACCUUAUAAAUGCAUAGAAAGUUAUUAUUGUUCAAACCUUACUUUCCGUCAAACAUUCACACAAAGGAGAAAUUAGAUCCAUGCUAGGAGUAUGGGAAAACCUUCAGUCGGCGUGGAAGCCUUGCUUCUCAUCAAAGAAUUCACAUGGGAGAGAAACCGUAGCAAUGCUUGGAAUGUGGGAAAAUGUUGCAAUUAAACCAAACUGACUCUGAAAAUUGGGAAGCAAUACUAUAAAAUAGUAAAAUACAUACAAUAAGUAAUAUCAGAAAACAGUUUAAUAUUUCCCCUGCAGGGAUUGAAACUCCAAUGCUAAUCCCUGAACAGAAAUGCCUUUGUGUGUUUUGGGAAUAUUUAUGUGGUGUUGGCCUAUAUCCUAUCUAGGCUGAGCUGGUACUUAGAAAGGUGUUCUCUUUGCCUUGCUCGAGAAAGCAGCUGUCCGGAAAAAGUUAGUGAACACCACAACCACAAGACAUAUAUUUCAUAUAGAUUUAUCUAUUAAGAUGCAUCCAUGUUCCCCUUACCCUUUGCAUUCACAUGAGAAAAUUUUCCUCGAGCUCGUUCAUUACAAAGUAUUUUCCUUUGUACAGACAGUCUUGGUUUCAGUUACUGUGUCAGACUGUGGAAUCCCAGUUAUCUAGAGUUCGUCUCCCCCCUUCUGCAAGAAGCACAAGGUCUCUUGGUUUCAAAAGGUUUAUUGGAAGAUUAUGCUCAGGAUACAGGGGUCCAUGAUCCAAGGACUUGAGGCCCUUGGCUGAACCAAAGCUUUGAUGAGAAUGACACAGAAAAUGAAAGUAACAACACUUCAAACACCCCUUCCCAGCCUCCCCCCUUAGUCCUGUCUAGAAGGCCUGGGAAGGCGAGGACAUCAAGGUCGGCCGGGCUGAUAAGAAUUCUUCAUUCCCAUGGAUAUAGGUGGCCUGGGCAGCACCUGGGCCUAGAGGGAGAGAACUAAAUAACUACAGAUUAUACCAGGAGAACAUGGCGUAGCUGUGGCUUGAGAACUGACAUUCUGACAUACUAGUUCUAUGCGAAAGACAACACCAGAGGAAAUAGUUCUUACUGACUGUAAUAGGUGAUGGAAUUCAAAGCCUUCCUUUUUGCAUUCACAUGUGAAAUUCUUCCCUGAGCUUGUUCAGUACAAAGCAUUUUCCUUAGUGCAGACAGUCCUGGUUUCACUUACUAGUUCUAUGCAUAACACAACAUCAGAGCAAAUACUUCUUACCGACUCCAGUAGGGGAUGAAAUUCAAAGGAUGAGAACGGAAGGUCCGCCAACUGGGCUGAUGUUUCUUCGAUGGGAGACGGUACUUAGAGGGAACAGAUAAGGGAAGGAAAGUCAUCCGAUAGGCCUUUGUUUCUCACCAUGAUCAGCAUAGGCAGUUGUCUCUUAUUCCCUGAAUUUAAGAACCCACCUUUCUUGUAGACCAAUCAAAUUCCAAAUUUUACCCCAUGUCCGGGCUGCAUGAUCACUCAGUGGUCAUUUGCCAGUUGGAGGGUCCUCGUGUUGCAACCAUAUCACGCUAUUUGUGGGAGGACAUGCUUUUCGCACGGGGCCUGUUCCAGGGACGCCACUGAUCUUUCCCACAGUCAUUUAUCCCACUUGGAAUUCACCCUGCUUGAGUGUCUAUUUUAAAUAAAUUAUUCAUUAAUAACACUAGAAAAAGAGAAGGACGUUAUACCUUAACAAGUAUGUAUAGAAUCUAGUAGCUAUGUUAAAAGCAUGAUGAAAAUAUAAGUUAAAAGCAGUUAUACGAUCUUACUAAAGCUAUGCUGAGAAUGCUUCAAGUUUUUCAACCUGCUGUAAUAUCUUCCGCCAGCAGAUGGGAUUGCAUUCAUAAAAAUCAAAAUUUUG